AUGAGUUUUGGAAUGGGUGUAGUAGAAAACAUGGUGAACACAGAGUCAUCGAAAGUUAGUUCAUUGAGCAAAAGUAAUGUUUCUGAGGAGAAGCUUGGAGGAGGAGGAGGAAAUCUCAAUAUUUACAACACCGCUUCGACGAGGAUGCUUAAGUACAAGCGCCGGAAAGUUUUUGCGGUUCGAGAUUUCCCACCUGGAUGUGGAACUCAUGCCAUGAGGCUAAGAUCGAAAACGGAAGAGAAGAAAGCUUGCGAGAACGAGAAUGUUGCUGGUGAUGAAGGGCUUGCUCAGUCUUGUGAAGCUAAAGCUGAGGUUGAGUCUGUAGCUAAGGAGGAAGAAAACUUGGGAAAGCGAGAUGAUGAUAAUCAGUUGAAAUCCAUUGAUCAUGAGCAGCCUUGUAAGGAUAUGGAAGAUGGGCAUGUCCAGUCUUGUGAAGCUAAAGCAAAGGUCGAGUCUUUAGCUAAAGAGGAAGAAAACUUGGAAAAGCGAGAUGAUGAUCAGUUGAAAUCCAUUGAUGAGCAGCCUGCUAAGGAUAUGGAAGAAGGUGACCAUGUUCCGUCUUCUGAAGCUAAAGCAAAGGUUGAGUCUUUAGCUAAAGAGGAAGAAAACUUGGGACAACCGUAUGAUGAUCAGUUUAAAUCCAUUGAUGAGCAGCCUUGUAAUGAUGAUAUGGAACUCGCGGUAGUUGAAUUCAAUCAAGUUCUCGUGCAAGAACCGAAGAAAGUGGGAUGUGAUGAUCUACAUAUGUCUGAGGCCGUGGAUGUUCAGCCUCUGAGCAUUUGUUUGCCGGAUGGUAAUGAUGAGAAUGUGGGGAUUGGCUCUUUUGAAGAGCCAAACAGUGUGAAGACGAAAGAGCUUACUGUAAGAUCAGGGACAACGAGUAAGCUGGGGUCUGGUGGUAGCAGAAGACAGGCGAAGAAAGGGGUUGCCUUUCAUGAACCCUUGAAGGUUAACAAGAAGAUCAUUCGAGAGAAUGGUGAAGGAUCAAGGUUGAAGAACGGUGUGAAGAGGAGCUUAGACACGCGUGAGAGGGUAACUCCGGAUUCUCCUGACGAGGAACCAGCUCGAAAGACUCGAAGAUUACAAGUCGUGAUCCCUCCUUCGCGUCCCAGUGGCUCAGGCGGCGGUGAUAGUGCUCGGAGCAAAGUCAAGGAAACUCUACGUCUUUUCUAUGGAACUUGUCGAAAACUCUUGCAGGAGGAAGAAGCAAAGCCUAUGAAGACUAAGCGCUUCAGAGUCGAUUUCGAGGCUAUUAAUAUUCUCAAAAGCAAAGGGAGAUAUCCCAGCGCCGGAGCUAAUCAGAUUAUGGGAACUGUUCCUGGUGUUGAGGUUGGAGACGAGUUCCAGUAUAGGAUGGAGCUUAACAUGCUCGGCAUACACAGACCGAGCCAAGGCGGUAUCGACUAUAUGAAGAUCGGCAGCGACAUCUUCGCCACGAGCAUUGUAGCCUCGGGAGGGUACGACGACGUGCUUGAUAACUCCGAUGUCUUGACUUACACGGGUCAAGGCGGAAACGCGAUGAUGAAACCAAAGAGAGGAGAGCAAGUAAAAGGUCCCGAAGACCAAAAGCUUGUUACGGGAAACUUGGCUUUAGCAAACAGCAUAAACAAGAAGAACCCUGUGCGUGUCAUAAGAGGCAACAAGAAGGCGGUUUUGGAGUCAUCGUCAGGUGCAAGCAAAGGCGGGAACUAUGUCUACGACGGGUUAUACGUUGUGGAAGAGUAUUGGCAAGAAACCGGAUCACACGGUAAGCUCGUCUUCAAGUAUAAACUCAAACGGAUUCCGGGACAGCCCGAGCUAUCGUGGAAAGUGGUGAAGCAAACGAAGAAGUCGGAGAACCGUGAAGGUUUAUGCAGGCUUGACAUCUCAGAAGGGCACGAGAGGUUACCGAUUUGCGCGGUGAACGAAAUCGACGACGAGGAGCCUCCUCCGUUCAUCUACACGGCUAAGAUGAUUUACCCGAAGUGGCUCACGCGGAUCCCUCCAAAGGGAUGCGGCUGCACAAAGCGAUGCACGGAGAGUAGAAACUGCGCCUGCGUGGCGAAAAACGGAGGAGAGAUACCUUACAACUACGAUGGGAACAUAGUUUAUCCAAAGAGCUUGAUCUACGAGUGUGGCCCUCUCUGCAAAUGUCCUCCUGCUUGCUACCUAAGAGUCACGCAGCGAGGGAUCAGGUUCAAGUUCGAGAUCUUCAAAACCGAGUCGAGAGGUUGGGGAGUGAGAUCUCUCAGCUCGAUACCUUCGGGUAGCUUCAUAUGCGAGUACGUCGGCGAGCUUUUGGAGGAUAAAGAAGCCGAGAGAAGAACAGGGAACGACGAGUAUCUCUUUGACAUUGGGAACAAAUACGACAACUCUUUAGCUGAAGGGAUGUCGAAGCUAAUGCCAGGGAUGGAGAAAGAGAAAGAAGAAGAAGAUGGUGGCGAUGGUGGUGAGACGACGGGGUUCACCGUCGACGCCGCCAAGAAAGGGAACAUCGGGAGGUUUAUAAACCAUAGCUGCUCGCCGAAUCUGUAUGCGCAGAACGUGUUGUAUGAUCAUGAAGACAAGAGGAUCCCUCACGUGAUGCUCUUUGCGAUGGACAAUAUACCUCCGCUUCAAGAACUCACUUACCAUUACAAUUACAUGAUCGACCAGGUGCGCGAUGUCAACGGUAAUAUCAAGAAGAAGAUUUGCUACUGUGGUUCUUCUGAGUGUACCGGUAGGCUCUAUUAA